CCCCCCCCCAAGUGCAAAAACGAAAAAAUACUAGACCUGGAAAAAACCUGGCUCCGCAAGAGGUGCUUAUCGGUGGUUUACAUCGUCCUGGCAGCAAAAAGGUGAAAGAGCACGCUCACGAAAGAGGUGCAGAGAAGGCUUCCGCGCGGGAGCCGCAAAAGUCCAUUACUCCUGAUCACACAUAAGAAUGAGCAAGGCAUGUAGAUGGGGAGUUGGAGGAGGAACUAUAGUCAUUCUCGUCAUCGUCGUCGUUCUUCUUGUAGUCCUUAUACCGAGAAAGGGUAAAAAAGAUGACCCACCUAUUAUGUACAUCGCGAUGCACGUAGGUAAUGCACAUGUGCGAACGCUUUGGAAGCCAACGCAGCUGCAAAAAUCUAGCCUAGACGAUUGCAGUCUUGAUGUGAAUAAGCGACAUACAUUGGAAGCAGUUCUAGCACUGAAAGAUGUGGAGCAACGUUACGCACUCAUCCUCUUUUCUAAAACAAUGAAUACUACAGCACCGAUGUCCCGUAUAGAUGCCCUUGCACACCUUCUUACGAUAGAAUCUGUAACUGAAUCGACUUACAGUCAAGAAUCGAUCGCAAAAGCUUACACAAGCCGACGAAGUAGUGAUGACUUAUUCGUUUUCUAUAUUCCAUGCGACUUUGGCUACAGAAAAGACGACGAGGACAUGCGUGCCUUUGUAGCUGAGCUGCGAAGUUCUAGCGCUCUUGAUAAAACUCUUAUUAUCUCAAAUACGCAAACAUCCCGUACUGUUGCGGACUUAUAUGAUUUGAAGGAGGAGAAUGUGGCAGGAGAAGAACAAGAUAUUUCUGGAAGAAUCUCCGAUUUUGGACAUUCUAUUAUAUCGACACGCUCAACACGCAGCCCACAUAGAACCACUACUGCGAGGAACACAACUAUUAGUACUUCAGCGGUAAGCACAAACACACAAACAUCAAUUACAUCGCGCACAAAAACACGAGGGCCAAGCACUAAACCGACGUCUUCUACGAGCACAGUCGAUCCGCCGAGGAGCCUAAACUGUAUUUUCGUCGCUGACAUGUACAAUUACCGGAACGACAUCGAAUCUUAUACUGCCGAAGCGGAACUCCUUUCUGCGGUUGCGUACGACAUUUUCGACGAGGCCGAUGCAAAAAUCGGUUUAUGGGCAUAUGGAAAUACAGAUUUCCCAAAAAAUGUCAGUGAGACACUCAAGGAUAUGACCAAAGAUUAUGAAGAGCUAAACAAAAGACUGUCGCAGAUGAAAUAUAUUGAAAUAAGUAAUCCAAAAACUACUAGAAUGGCGGUUGACAUGAUCAAUGACAUGCACGACAAGGAUGGACAAGUGAAUUGCCUGGUCUUUCUUAGCGCCAAAAAAGAUACAUUAUUCCAUGAUCCAUUGAAUCCGAGGCAUUUGCGUCUCAAAAGAGUGAUAGUGAUUGGUCUAAGCGGAACCAAUCCGAGCGAACUUGUACCUGCAAGAAUCGGCGAACUUGUCUCAGUUCCAUUCUUCUACGUGGAAUCACAUAUAAGAGCUAUAGUUGAUGCAAUUUUUGGACGAACGACUACAACAACAUCAACUACGCAAAGUUCUUCAUCUCCACCUACGACAACAAAGCCACUGGGUCCACUCAAAUGCUUGUUUGUUGUUGAUUUUUAUAGCUUUGGCACAAAGACAGAUGCUUACAUUCAGGAGCAGCAAUUCAUCGCCUAUCUUGGAUACGACUUCUUCACUGCUUUACCUAAUGCAAAAGCAGCCUUAUGGGCAUACGGGCACACAAACAUGCCGCAAGCUCCAAACCUCGACAAGAUGUGUAAGACAUCCAGUGAAUUCCAGCAAGAACUGAUAAACAUGGAAUAUAAGUACGAUUCAGAGCCAAUGUCAACGGCGGGUGCUAUAAAGGUUAUCAACGAUUUAAACGAUGAUGACAAUAGAAUAAAUUGCCUGGUUUUCUUCUCCGCACAAAAUGGUACUGCGUUGCCAAUACUCAACCCGCAGCCUGCAAUAAGAAGAAUUGUUGGUGCCGAUUUGACAUGGAUCGCAGGAAGAGGCAUCGCCAUGACUGUUCCGUACUAUUGGCUAGACAUAGAUAUUCGAUACGUUUUGAAUGCUAUAAUGGGAAGAUACCAACCGACAACUACCACAAAAACAACAGAGCGAUCGACAACAGGGACUCAGCAAUCGACGACGACAACCCAGGAUGAACUCAAGUGCUUAUUCGUUGGAGACCUUUACAACUUCGGAAACUACAGUAGCUCAUAUUUAGAUGAAGCGUCGUUCAUAUAUGAAAUUGCUACUGAUUACUUCUCCGAUAAAAGCACUAUUACGAAUGGCGGACUGUGGGCCUAUGGGUAUUCGGCUUUCCCUCAAUCUCCAGAUCUCAACAAAAUCAAUAACAAUUUCACCGCAUUCUCAAGCGAUAUACAAAACAUGAAGUAUCAUCAAACUGAUAAUCCUAUGACCCCUGCAAGGGCAAUUGAAAUCAUCAACAACCUUCCAGCCAAUGACAAAAGAGUAAAUUGCAUUGUCUUUUUCUGCGCACCGAGGAAUGCAAGCGCCCUACCAAAACUAAAUCCGCUAAACAAGAAGAUCAAACGAAUUGUUGGUGUAGGAUUAGUCGGUACGGAUCUCUCUUAUGUAGUUGAAGAAAGAGGUGUAGCUGUCAGUGUGUUUUACUAUUUCUCUGAUGACAGACAAAAAGUUCUGCAAGCUAUCUUUGGAAGACAUCGCACAACAACCGCGAAGCAAACAACGCAUCCUACUCCAGCGAGUGUUACAGCCGAAAAGACUACAACAAAAGCGUUUUCACAAAGGAAAUGUCUGUUUGUCGGAGAUCUAUAUACCCCAUUUAAAACCAUAGACAGUUAUGCUAUUGAACGCAAAUUCAUUGAAGAAGUCGGCCACCACUUCUUCAUGAGGGAAGAGGACAAGCCUUUGGCAGGAAUUUGGGCAUACGGUUACACCACAUUCCCACGAACUCCAGAUUUGAAUAAAAUAAGAAAUAAUUUUGAUGAGUUCAAGGAUGAUCUGGUUGAAAUGGAGUUUUUUGGAGAGUCUGAGAACCCAACGUCAACAGCUUGGGCCAUCAACAUGUUCAAUCAACAGAAGAGCGAUAGCCGAAUAAACUGCUUGAUUUUCUUCUCAGCCCAGAACAACACUCAAUUCUUACCGGAGCUGGACCCUGGAAAUAAGAGAAUAAAGCAUCUUGUUGUAGUUGGCUUUGCCGGAGCCGACAUGUCUGAGGUGGUGGGAAGACGAGGAGUUGAUGUUACUGUUCCAUUAUACUACAAGCCAACGGAUGUGGACAAUGUAUUGAACGCUAUUCUGAACAUGUGACAUAAAUGAGAUUUUUCACAAGUCUUGUC